GCUGUUUGAGCAUUUUGUUCUUCAUGGAGCAAGUGGUUUUCCCAUUAGAUUGUUAAGCUAUUUUCUCUCAAAAAAGAGGUGAGUCUUCAUAAACUGAUUUUGGGUCAUUUUUGCAGUGGAUUUCUCCAUCUGAGAUUGGAGGAAAGAAGAAGAAAAAAAGAAAGAACAGAAAACUUCAAUGGAUUUGUGGAUUGUUGCAGCAGCUACUGGUGCUGGAUACGUAGCUAAGUACUGGAAGAAUCAAUCAAAGGAUGGGGAUUGUUCUUUAUCACAGUUAUCCUUUGGGGAUUCCAAUUUGGCGAGUCCUCAAUACUCAUAUCAUUUGCUUAGCAAAUUUUCACAAAGGAAGAAACGAUAUGAAGAUGUUUUUGGGCAUGGAGGAAUGGAAGGAACAUCUUCAGAUCAGAACCCAUCAGACAUUGCUUCAGUUGCAGAGCUGGCCUGCAUAAGUGGAGGAUUUGAAAUUGGAAAGCUCGGACUUUUUGGGAGUCACCAAGAUUCCAAUGUGUUCUCUACACCAAAUAUGACUUUGAACUCUGAAGAACGGGUCGGGGAAAGCAGCAAAAGCAACACGAUGGCUAAUAACAUUGAAAUCUUAGUUUGCAAUUCUUCUGGAAGGACAGCCUCUUCAAGAAACAGAAGCACAGCUAAAGGUAGAUACUUGCAUGGGGAUCUUAUCAAACCUCUGACUUAUGAAGAAGAUUGCCUUCCAGCCCAUCAGAGUUCUUUGAGUCCAUGCAUUGCUGUGGAACUGGAGGAACAUAAGCUACCCAAGGGAUCACAUUUUGAUGCUGAUGAAAGUGUAUGUGCGGUUUCUCAACUGCCAUUUGGGCCUCUGUCUGAUAAAGUAAGUAAUAAGAAGACAGGAAAGGAAUGGGAAAGAAAGUCGAGAAGUUCCAACAAAAUGGCCAACAGGGAACACUUCGAUUCUAAAGGUGGCCCGGAUAAAUCGUUGGUAUUAUAUCUUGGAUUUUUCAUUGGCAUAAUCUAUUCUUUCAUAUCCAAUAAGAGGGAAGUUCAUAAGUUGAAAGAAUUGUUAAAGCAAACCGAGAGUUUGGUUGAAGAUCUUCAAGAGGAACUUGAAAUGAAGGACUCAUUAACGCUUAAGGAGCUCAGUAAUGACACUUAUAGUAAUGGCUUCUCUGAGAAAACAGUGGAUGAAUCUUCUCCAAAACAUGUCAUGGAUUACACAGUAAACUUCAAUGCUGAAGAGCUAUACAAGCAUAUGGCAGAGCAAAGUUCUGAAUCAAUCCACAGAAUUGAGGCCGAACUGGAAGCGGAACUCGAGAGGUUAGGAUUAAAUAUAAGCACCGAAGGCACAGAGAGCUAUCCCGACGAUGACGAUGAGCUUGGCCCAGAAUUUGAAGAAGAUUUUGCAAAAGGUGAGUUGAGGAAUGACAUGUUGAGUGGAGAAAAUUGUGGGUGGAGCAAGGCUAAUAAAGAAGCAUGCGACUCAACCGUUCACUCUGGAAACUAUACAGUGUCACCAAGGGAACUCAGCUUGCGUUUGCACGAUGUUAUUCAGUCGAGACUUGAAGCACGUAUCAAGGAGCUUGAAAAUGCCCUUCAAAAUAACCACAAGAAGCAGCAGCUUCUUAAUACAGAAGACAAGAGUUCUUGGCUUGAAUAAGCAAAUUGUGAAUCUAAUGAUAAUGAUAGUUUUCUGUAACAGCUGAAUCUGUAACCGUUCAAGUCCAUUGCUAACAAAUAUU